AUGGUGAAAGAUGGAGGACUUGAUGCUUGUGAAUGGUGUGCAGCCACAAACUGGCGUGUCGAGUCCAAGGGAGACCACGCCUGUUUUAGAUGCAAGAACAAGGAUUGUCGGGCAUUUAAGUCGGGUUUGAGCGAAGACCAGGACAUCUUCGGCAAAAAGAUCGCCCUUCGUUCCUUGGUUGGUGCUCUCUGGCUGUUUCUUGCACCCAUUCAGAUGAGUCCAGAUCAGACUGGAUUGAUCUUGGGUUUGGAUCAUCGGACAGUGCGGGGUCUCUUCAACAACUUCCGCUCUUGGUUGAGUCCAAUAGUUGACCGGCUGAACGAGGACUUGGUGAUUGGUGCGUUGGGUGCAGAUGUGGAGCUCGAUGAGAUUAGCUUCAGAUCGAAGGCGCUUGACGACAAGAUCCUGUGGAAUCGUUAUGCCGCAGCCGUCAAGCGUGGAAGUGCUAAAGUCUUUAUAGAGAAGUUGCCGAACCGCUUGACUGCUGCUGGGCAGGGCGGAGGGGGACCUCUAUCCAUUGAUGAGCUUAAGAAGCUUGUAGUCACAUCCAAGGGAAGCAGUCGCUUGGCACAAGGUUCUGUGUGCCAUACGGAUUCCGCUAAAGCUUACAAGAAGUUGGCCUCUGACGAACCGUUGCCAGCUUUGUGCAGCGGUGCCUUGGCAGGGCCUUCGUUUUCUGAGUUGAAGCUAGCCCACAGCAACGUCAAGCAAAAGCCGCCUCACCCAGAGUUUGCCCGAAUGUUCCGAAUGAAAGUUUGGACAGGGAUGCGGGUGUUUCAGUUUUUGUUUUGGUUUUCCUAUGCAGACUGUUUCCAAGUUUUCGCAGCACUUCGCCAGGCUGAGCGAACAGCUGUCGGAAGUGCUUCUUGGGAAACUCUAAAGCCAUUUUUGGGUGAUGGAAAGGCGCCAACUGCCGAAAACCCGCAACUUGUUGAAGGGCAAGUUGCAGGGGCAGCAGCUCCAAAUGUCCAAGACAUUCCAGCUGGUGGCGCUGAUGUGCCCCCCGAUGAUGAGAAUCCUUUUGCCGAUCUCGAGAGUGAGCCCGAAGUUUGCGAAGUUUCGGAUGCCGACCCGUAUGAAGGCAUUCCAAUUCGGUUGCUCAGCUGA